AUGAGCGAAACAACAACAUCUAACAUUACAGAAGAAGUCAAUGACAAUGCCGAUGAAAACAUUACAGAAGGAGCUAGUGAAAAUAUUGACGAGUUCAGUGAGGAAGAAGAUAUUGAGGACGUCAAUGAGAACGUUAGUGGGGAACAAACUCAAUGGGAAACAUUGAGAAAUCAUGAAGAUUAUGAGAUUUGUACGACAUAUCCUUUUACUAUUCGUCGAAAGAAAGACAAACAUAUUAUGAGUGAAUGCUUAAAUAAUUAUGGUUAUAUUGUGCUUAGUUUAAACAACAAAAUGUACUUAAAGCAUAGAAUUAUUGCAGAACAGUGGAUUGAAAAUCCAAACAAUUUGAAAGAAAUAGACCAUAUAAAUCAUGAUAGAACGGACAACAGAAUCUCAAACCUUCGUUGGUGUUCUAGAUCUGAAAACAAUAGAAAUAAAAGCAAGUAUGGUGAUAUAGUUUAUGAGUUCGUUGAUGAAAUAUCUGACGAAGCUGUUGAAAUAACAGAUUAUGGUAAGCAUUCGUUUGAGUUCUAG